AUGCACCGCGUGCGUGACGCGUACCACAGAAUUGCACAUGAUACAGACAGGCGGGCCACAGCGCAGGGACCGGAUAAGCGACGGCUCUCAAGAGUCGUGUUUGCCGAUGGAAGCAAAUCCAUCCGGCAGACCGGCUCAGCUUGCAGGUGCCUCGCAUGUCGAAUCAAAGCGAAGCAAAGACCUGACUCGGGAAUCGGUCGCAUAAGCAACGUCGAGCAUCCCGGAAACGUGGACAUCUCUACGAUUCGCAUGCGCGCAAACAUCGCCGGCUCGUUCGCGAUCACAGUAUCUGCAGCUAUCCUGAUCGCACAGUAG